AUGGUCAUACGCCUGCCGACCACCCGGUUGAGGACGGGCUCGGUGACGGCGGCCAAGGCCGCAGCGACCACCGCGGCGAGGGCCCCCGCCCAGGCGCUCGCCGCGAUGUCGCGCUGCAGGACGGACACCGCCGGGUGGUUCAGCGCGGCUCUGAUCUCCGCCAACGCCGGAAAGGCCCGCCGCGCCACGGACGGCGCUGCGCCGUGCUGCAGCGCGCCGGCCCACCGUGCGGGCACCUCCGUGGCCGCAGCGCGCGGCACUGCGGGCCGCAACCGCCCCGGCGGACAGAAAGCAGCGGCUCCCGCCGAGGGCGCGCCCGCGCCAGGCCGCUGGCCGCGGCCAGCGCUCCUGCGGGCGCCAGGGCCCCGUCCCGCUCUCCGGGGCGGCGCCCGCCGGGCUGCGUCCGCGCCCCUCGGCCGGUGCCGCCAUCGUGCUCUGGGGGCCGUGGCUCAUCGGACGAGGCUAUACUUAGGCUAUCACGCGCUUGGGUGCAAGACGAAGCGGCCUCGGAGCACGCAGGGCAAGAGCUUUCAGUGA